AUGCCAUUCCUCCUUGUGCGUAUCCGCGUUGGGAAAAAAGGGGGCGUGCAGAAGGCCGGUGCCGAUGAAGCAGGCGCUGCGCACUGUCUUCUGGGUGAAAGGCUAGAGUUGGACCCAGUGAAGAGAGCUGCGCUCUUGGCUGCGAAGGCCAAAGCGAAAGAAGAAGCAAAUGGCAAGACGGAGGAGGCAGAGGACGGCGAGAAGGAUCCGAAGAGGAGGAAGCUCUCCCCCGAGAACGGCGAGAAGGAAGCCGAAACCAAGGACGAGGCUAAAGAGACGGCCAAAACCGAUGAGACGUCCAAAGAAGCUGCUGUAGAUGCGAAGCAGGACGCCCCAACAGAAGCAAAAGAAGAGACUAAAGAAGAAGCAAAGGAAGACUUGGAGAAAUUCACGGUACCGCAGCUCAAGGAUAAGCUUCGGGCUGCUGGCCUCACGGUGUCCGGCAACAAGGCCGAGUCCGUAGCCAUUUUGGCUCAAGAAGCAUUACGGUUCGAGCGGCUCCACAGUAAGCCCCAUUGCUACUGUGGUAAGCCUUUCGUGGGCCACGGGCAGCGGCAGUCGCGAAACACACUGCCACCAUCGGGCCGCCAGCAGCGAUUCGACUACUUUGCCGAUUGGUGGCCACCAUUGCCAUCGCAGUGGGGAUCAAGCCGACGGGUCAGCAUGGACAUGGCCCCACACCGCAAUGAACCUGAUGCCGGUGCGGAAUGGCAGGCACUCGUCGCCAAUGUCAUUCAGCAGGUGGAGCGCGUUGCAGGUGACCAGCUCCCUGAACUCCAGGAGGCGAUGGCACCACUCAAAGACCUCCUCAGUGCAGACUCCCAAACCAAAGGAACCAAAGCCCCUGGCACAGAGGAACCUGCACAACAGCUUGCAAAGACCAUCAAAGCCAAGGCAGGUGCGCUCAGGGUGUUGGGACAAAAGAAGGUGCACUUGGAGGGCAAGAUCCAAGCGGCACGUGCCACUUUGCAAUCGCAUGAAAAGCAACUGCAAACGUUGCAGCGGGAACUCGAAGAGGCACAGCAGUCCAUGGACGAGGCAGUCCAACAGUACGGCCGCCAAGUUGUGGCUCCGCAGCUUGAGCCCUUUGUGCUCGAUGAGGGCAUGGCGCAGGCAGAGCCCGUGGACAAGCUCCAGUCCUUCCUGGAGUCCUUGGAGCCCAGCCUCACAGAGGACCAGUUGCACGGCCUCCGAGCGUUGGUCUCUCAGACAGUGUCCUCGGAGUUGGCCCACAAGCGGAGGAAAAAGGACAGCGAGAAGGUGGAAGUGGUCUACGACCCGGACCAGUACGAGGGCGACAGCGCUCCAGACCGUUUUCCAGCUGAGGAGGUAGCAGGCCCCCGUUUUCCACUUGACCUGCAACCAUCCCAGCAACGUUUUUCCAAGCAGCACACCGACACAGACCGUCAAGUGUCGCUUUUCUUCGGCAACAUCACCAGUUGGUCGGUGAAAGCCGCCAGUUUUGUUUUACAGCAGCCACACGACAUCGUCCUGUUGGUUGAGCACCAUCAGGGCCCCGACAAGGCAGGUGUAGCAAUCGCAGUCCGUAAGCAUUUGGGCCCGUUUUGGCCAGUGGAAGCGGGCAGUCCCAGAUGGACCUACGCCAUGAUCCGUUUCCACAAGUUCACCCUGACAGUGCUUGUUGCUUACUUUCCUGUUCAGGGUUUCGGCCACAGCAGCAGCAGAGAUUUGCGGAACAGCCUAGCGGCUUUCAUACACACGCUUUCGGGACCUUGGUUACUUCUUGCAGAUUUCAAUGCCGCUCCAGAUGAAGUUGCGGCGAGCGGAUAUCUGCAAAUGGUCAAAGGCAAGUUGCUAUACCCGCUGCAGCCCACCAUCACAACAGGAGCAGUGCUGGACUACGCUGUUUGCAGCUUUGAGCUUGAAGGCGGCCUGUGUUUAGAGGUACUUACCGAAGUCCCCUUCAAGCCCCACUUCGGACUCAGCGUCAAAUUGCGAGGAGAUCUGGCAGUCAGACCUGUUCUUACCCUCGACAGCCCGGACAAGAUCCCCGUUCUUCCGGGUCCGAGGUUUCCUUGGCCACACUUUGCAGUAGCUGACGGGGAAGCAGCCAUUGAGCUGCCUGGGCUCCAAGAAGCGCCGUCGGCCCUGAUGGUUAAGUUUGCCAGCUGGAGCGCUCAAGCAGAAGCCUACCUGCAGUCAGUGCUCACGGAUGUGGGAAUUUCAGGCAGAGGCAGGCGCAUAGCGUUGCAGCAAAAGCCCAGGGUCCAGCCGGAACCGCCUGCUGCGGUGUGGGACAGCAGUGGGCUCAAUUUCUGGUCCACGCUUAGGCGGUUGGUUGACGACGCUUUGAGGCUCGGAAACCAGCCGGACUUGCAGCAAACCCUCUUCCGGCACGCGGCUUUGAAGGCGGCAACCUGUACCCAGUUCUGGCUACAGCUACCAGAGGAAAGAAUCAGCUUGGCGGCCUUCCAGUACGGGCUCAAGAUUUUGGCAGUCAGCAACGAGGGCUUGCAGCAGGUGGUGCAGCGAGGCAUCAAGGCGCAGCUCCAGCAGAGCUAUCGCCAUAGAACUGAGGCGUUGAAACAGCAUUUCCAGGUGAGCACGUCUUCAGUCAAGCAGAUGCACAACCACCUGAAGAAGCAGGCUCAAGCGCAUUUGCGGCCCUUCACUGGCAGACCCUUUGAGGAGCGAGCACAGUGCCGCCGUGAGUUUUGGGUAGGCAUCUGGGGCGAGCAAUCUCCAGAAGGAAGGUUGGAACAGCAGGCCAAGCUUCGUUGCUUCGCUACGGCGGCUGAGGGCCAGCAGCUUUCUCUCAAGCCGAUCUCCACCACUCAGAUCAAGGAGACGCUUAAAAGUGUUGGACGCAAAGCUCCCGGCCCAGACGGCUGGAGUUUCGCAGACUUGGCCCGCCUCCCUGACGAGGCCCUCUCAGGUUUGGUCUUUUUCUUGCAGGAAGCCGAGAAGCAGCAGCAAUGGCCGGAGGUCAUUUGCCACGUGGCCGUGGCAUUGCUAGCUAAGACGAUCAAAGCGGAGCGGCCAAUCAGUUUGACUAGUGUCAUCUACCGGCUGUACAUGAGCAUGCGGCAGCACCUCCUGACGAGAUGGCUUGAGGAGGCAAACCCCAAAAGCCCUUGGGACAAAGCGGUGAAGGGAAGUGACACUUUCACCUCCUCACAUCGCCGCCAGCUCUUAGCCGAGAUCUUAUGCCACACGGGCGUGCACCAGGUGAGUCUUUUAGUGGACCUACAGAAUGCCUACGACCGAAUAGACCGUAUGCUGCUCAUGCAAGACGCUCUGGACCUUAACUACCCAGCGCUGCUCAUGGUCAUGGCCAUGCCAGUGCACAGUGCUCAGCGCAUUUUGAUUGCCGAGUCCAUGGCAAGCGAAGCCAUAGAGCCCAAACACAGCAUCUUGGCUGGAUGUCCGCUGUCGGUCUCGCUGUGCAAGCUUUACCUUUGGCGUCCAGUCGAAAAAGUGUUGAAGGAGCAAGCUCCAGCCCAAGCCUCCACUUUCGUUGACGACAUCUCAUUUGACCUUCAUGGGGGCAGGGAGCUAGUGUUGGCUCGACGCUCAUUGAGGCUUUACUCCCACCUCCACAGCGAGCUCAGCAACAAGAACAUGCUCAUCAGUGAGGGGAAGACAGGCUUUAUAGUUUCAAGCAAGGAGGUCAAACGUGCUUUCGACAGAGUUCUAAAGGAGCCAGAGUUUCGAACUCAGAAAUUUCCCCCAGUCAGGGAAGCCAUGAAGGACCUUGGAGUGGAUGUCACGCUAGGAAGGCGACGCCGAACCACUGUCCAAAAAGGCCGUCUGACAAAGGGCCUGCAGCGCGCCCACAGAUUGAAGGACCUCCCGCGUGGCAGGAGAGCGGCUCUGGUGCGCAGCAACGUCUACCCCACUGCGCUUUGGGGGCAUCAAACACAGGGCAUUAGCAAAACAGCCUUGCACCAUUUUGCCACCAAAGUCGCUGGUGCAGCUCGCUUCAGACAAAAGCUAGGAUGCUUGACCACUGCACUGCGACUUAGCAUGGAUGUGGCGCAUGAUCCGAGACAUCUUGUCAUGGCACAACAGCUUGAAGCCUGGUUCACGCUGAUCAGAGCACAGACUGCUGAGACUCAGCAGCUCCUCGCCAAGUCGUGGUGCAUCACACAGCACCACAUUUGGAACUCACCAGCGCACUGGCAUUACGCAAGAGGUCCCAUGUCAGGCCUUAUGUGUCGGCUCAAAGAUGCCGGAUGGACGGCUCCGACUCUCACCGAGUGGGUGAAGGAUGAGAUAUCCCAUCCCAUUGAGCUUGACGACCCUCUCAUGGUUGUUAGGCUUGUGCAAACUGUCGUUGAGCAUCAGGAGCUUGAUUUUUGGGCCAGUGCUAGCAGGCAUCAAGGCGGCCAAGGUGCAGCGCAAGGGCUUGAUUUCACUAUUGCUAGAAAGCAUAUCCGAUACCUUCAACGAAAAGCGCCUGCCAAACUGGCUGCCUUGUAUGCAGUCCUUGAGGGCAGUCUCCCCAGCUGUCAGAACGGAAUGCUCGACAAGUGCAGCCGCUGCGGUGCAAAGCCGACUUUAAAGCAUCUGUUCUGGGAAUGCCCUGCCAUGUUGGCUGCAGUCUCUCCUUCCCCGCUUGAGUGGCAAGUUUUUACUAGUGACUGCCUUUUCGAGAUCUAUUGGCUGCGUGGGUUGCCACCCAAGCACUGGACCGAGAGGCAGCAAGUUGCUGUGAGCCCCCAGGAAGAGGCGGACAUGUCUUAUGUCAGUAGAGAAGGCAUCUUUUGCGAGAGCAGUUUUCUCGUUGCCAACCCCGCUGAAGUCGUUUUUGCCACCGAUGGUAGUGGCGGCAGCAGUUCUAGAGACAAGCGCAUUAGGUUCCGCAAACUACGACACCUGCAUGGCAAAGCCAUCCGCCGUUUUGCAAACCCGGACUUGUGGCUAGGAGUCCGCCAAGCAGCCCAGCACAAGCGCAUCCAGCUUUACUGGAUACGGUCUCAUCAAGAGGCCCCAACGGACAGCAGCUUGCCUCAGUGGGCCUUUGAGGCCAACAGGCUGGCUGAUGAAGUGGCUGAGGCGGCCAGUCGAGCUAUUGAGGCCAAGCUUGAGCAUAGGCUUGCUAGGGAGUAUAACGACUGGCUGGACCGUAGAACUUGGGUCUUGCAAAGCCACUUAGUCGAGCGCGCUCAAUUUUGGCUUCGCAGUGCUCAGGCCAAAGGCAAAUCUCAGGGCCCAAAGCCCCCAACGAAGUCGCAAAUCUUGGAGCACCUGCAGGCAGCCAAGGAGGCGGAAGCCAACAAGACGUCAACAGAAAAGCCGCCAGAGCAGGAGGGCGAGACGAAGGAAGAAAAGCCAGAUGCGACAACUGCAGAGGCUAGCAAAGAGGAGGAGAAGAAGGACGAGGCACAGGACAUGCAAGUGGAUCAGGAAGGCGAAAAGAAAGAGGAAGAGACAGCUGCUGGAGAAGCAGACAAGGAGGGCGACAAGAAGGAAGAAGCAGAAAGCAAGGAGAAGGAGGCACAGGAUGAGGAGGCGGACAAUGUGGACUACCUCAAGGAGCUGGAUGAAGAAAUUGAGCAGGCGGACAACGACGUCUUCGAGAUUGAAGACGUCACA